GUACUGAAAUCUUAUCCGUUCCUAGCCCAUUCGCCUUCGAAAGAAACACCCUCCUCACAAAUGCACACUCACCCAAUCGGCCAGGCAUACUGGCAGGCAUUGCCAACACGCCACUCGUCGAGCUCACCAUCAUGCGACCCGCACGCGGUGCCCGUGUCUACAUCAAGCUGGAGCCGUGCAACCCCACCGCAUCCUACAGGGACUGCAUGGCACUGACCAUGAUCGAAGCAGCAGAAGCAAGGGGGCACCUUCGCCCUUCAACCCGCGGAGAGGCGGCUACAGUGGUCAAGGCCAUCUCAGGGAACACUAGCAUGUCCUUCGCCAUGGUGUGCGCCGCCAAGGGGUGCAACUUCGUCGCUGUGACAUCAGAUGUAUUCGCUCAGGAGAAGCUGCAGUCGAUGACCGCCUUUGGAGAUCGACUGGACAUCAUCGAGAGCGAGAGUGGCAAGAUCGACAAGGCCUUGAAGGGUUUGCUCAUCCAGAGAGCCCGGAGCUAGGCAGCGGAAGUUGGCUCAAGGCACACGAGAUCGUCGUCACGGUCUUGUGCGACUCAAGGCUCCAGUACCUCAGCGUGCGUUUUCCAGCACGGCUAGUAAGACAGCCGCACAGAAUCGGUGGCCGUUGAUGAAUUGAGUGGUCGAAC